UUAUUAUAUAUAUUUUUGUUCAUUCUGGACAGUAUUAUCAUGUCGUGUUACCGAAGUCUCUGACAACCUGCAUUACUAAUCGUUUAAUUCUAUUUCCAGGAUAGAAAAUGAAUAUAAACAGUAGCUUGAGUGUCAUUUGUUCCUCUGUAUAUCCGAUCAGAUUUCCUGAGCAUUCUGGAGUAAAUAUAUUCAACAUUUAUGUCUAAAAUGAGAAAUAGUUUCCUUCUUCCUGUAUAAAAGUGCAUUAUGAGGGGGGAAAUGAAAGAACUGAGCCUUUAAGUGUUAAUUAAUAUUAAUUCAGCUGUUAUUAAGGUUCAUUAGAGGUGACUUAAGUCUGUUCAUCCUUUCAUGCAUAAAUUAUUCUUUAGGUUUUCUUUUUUUAUUAUUACUUACAAUGACGUCAUAUGGAUUUAGACUUAAAAUAAAAUAAUAAUAAUAAUAAUAAUAAUAAUAAUAAUAAUAAGUAAAUGGAUUGUCCAUGUGUGGAAAUAUGAUAAAACUAUGAAAAGGAUCAAACUAGAUCAACAAGAUAGAAGGUUUCAUUUGUUGAAACAAAAUAUAGCAAUAUUCCUGACCUGGAAAAUGAAAGUCAACAGUUAAAAGCAUGAUUUUGCUUUUUAAAAAUAAUCUUCGGUUAUUUAAAUAGAAAAAGGAAAAGAAAAAAAAAAAACCCAAAACGAACAAACACAAAAAGUUUGACAUAAAUAAAUGAAUAAAUGAAGCCGAGGCUUUGUGUUGGAGUCUGGCACUGAACGGGGGGUUUUAUUUGAUCAGGAUGUCGUGUGGAAGGUUUGCGGAGCCGGGUGAGAGUCGUGGAGAAGAGAGAAAUACAGUGAUCAGGUUGAUUAUUAUUUCUGCUCUGCCGAGUGUUUCAGCGCCGCUCUCCCACAGAGAAUUUACAUCCAGGAGAGAUGCCUGAUCUCUGGCAGGAAGCCAUGGACCACGCUGUGGCUGUGGCCAGAAAAGCAGGCGAGGUGGUACGCGAGGCGCUGCAGACUGAGCGGAAGGUGAUGUGUAAAAGCACGUCGGUGGACCUGGUGACUAAAACCGACCAGAAAGUGGAGCAGCUCAUUAUCACUUCAGUCAAGGAGAAGUUUCCUACACACAGUUUUAUCGGAGAGGAGUCAGUAGCUGAUGGUCAGCCCUGCGUCCUGUCUGAAAAUCCCACCUGGAUCGUCGACCCUGUGGACGGCACCACUAACUUCGUACACGGGUAUCCGUUCGUGGCGGUGUGUAUCGGGUUUGCAGUCGAGAAGACGUUAGAGUUUGGCGUGGUGUACAGCUGUAUAGAGGAUAAGAUGUACACGGCCCGCAGGGGGAAAGGAGCGUUCUGUAACGGAGAACCUCUACAAGUCUCCCAUCAGAAAGAGAUUAAUCAGUCCAUGAUCGCCACGGAGUUCGGCUCCGACCGAGACCCUGACGUCGUCGACAAGAUCUUCUCCAACAUGAGGAAGAUCCUCUGUCUGCCGGUGCACGGGAUGCGUGGUUUGGGUUCUGCUGCGUUGAACAUGUGCCUGGUGGCGGCCGGGCGCGUGGAGGCGUAUUACGAGAUCGGGAUUCACUGCUGGGACGUGGCGGCCGCCGCGGUCAUCGUGGAGGAGGCAGGAGGAGUUCUCCUGGACUUAGAGGGUGGACCCAUGGACCUGAUGUCCAGGAGAAUCGUCGCAGCGAAUAACCAGACCAUCGCCGAGAGAGUCAUUAAAGAGCUCCAGGCGUUUCCUGCUGUCCGGGACGACGCCCCUUUAGAGACUAAACAAUGACGAGUUUAUGCCGUGUCGUGUAUUCAUGCUGUUUUUACGUUCAGUCUUAAAAACCUAGUGUUUUCGACCUUUCACAUGAUUAUAUGUUUGUUCUACCAUGUUAUAAAUGCUGUAUACUAUACACUGAAAACUCCAACAAAGACAUGAUAGAAAAAUA